UUUCCUGCUUCCAACAGGCACUGAAGUCCGCUGAAGCGCCGGAUGUCGAAAACGGGGCUCCGUUCUGCUGGCCACCAUGGGCACCGUGCAUCGGAUGCGGUCCCACUUCCCACCAUACCUUGUACUGCAUAGCACUUCAUGAACGGUAGCGUACCGUGACAAGCUGCAGCCUGUUGGGCACCGUUUUACUUGUGUAUGGCCAGUACCGUAAUGAACGUCCAGCCUCUCCGUUAUCGCGCCGCACCCCCAACCGAGGCAUGUGGUCAUAGGUGCCGAACCGCCGACCAUCAACUCCCGCCUCCGGGCUGAGCCACUCACUCUAUGUGUUGCGCCCGCCUGGACAUUUCUCAAUUCUUGGUUCUCAGCUCCAUCAAUCUCCCUAAGAGACCCUUGCUGGGGUUCUCAAUACUGCAGACGCAACCAUGAGCGAUUCCGACGGCAACAAGAGCACCCCCGGCAUUCCAGCAUGGCAGCGCAAUCAAAGAACGGAUGCCGAACUCGAGCCGCAGCCCGAACAGCCCUCGCAGGAUGCCAAACAAGAUGAGCCCGCUAGCGAAAACAACCUCGAAGUCGCCCGCAAGUUCCUGCAAGAUGACGAGAUCCGGGACGCGCCGAGGGAAGCAAAGGAGGCUUUCCUCAAGACCAAGGGCAUAUCAUCUGAAGAUAUAGAGCAGCUGUUGGGCAGCUCGGCAUCUGAGCCGACACAGGAAGCCAACCAAACGGAACAGCAAGCACCGAAAAGCUUGACACAAGUAGCGACAACGACACCUGUACCACAAACAAGACCAACACCACCGCCCAACACCGAAGUCUCCAUCCCUCGCCAAACAGACCAACCCCCGGUCGUUACAUAUCCCGAGUUCCUCACGAAGCCGACUCGUCCCCCGCCGCUGAUCACGGCCAACAGCAUCUUCAACACCCUCUACGCCUUCGCCGGUCUCUCCACCUUCCUCUACGGUACGAGCAAGUAUCUCGUGGCGCCCAUGGUCGAGAACCUCACCGAGGCGCGCUGCGAUCUCCACAGCACCACAUCCAAGAAUCUUGCCAAGAUCAUUGAGAAGCUCGAGGGCACCGUCUCCGAGGUCCCCGCCACCGCCAAGGCCUCCGCCACGGACGCGGAAGCAUACAAGGACGACGCGAGCAGCGUCGGCGCCGACGACCCUACCGAAAUGUUCCACCGCGACAUCGGCACGCAGACGUCGAUCCCUUCGACGCCCAGGUUUGGCGAGCCCGGCUUCGGGACGACGGCGACGGCGGAAGAUAAAAACAAGUCUGCGAGCGAGAGGCAUGCUGAUAAGCUCACGCGGCUCAAGAGCUCGGCGGACUUGCUCAGGACGACGGUAGUCUCGGAUGCCGAUGACCUCGCGGACCUCAAGUCCAAGAUGGACGUGCUCAAGGACGACCUCGUACAACUGGCGUACCCGAGCCCGCAGGACUACGGCGGCUACUCAAUCUACGGUGGCCCACGCAAAAACGAGCCCGAAGACGAGAUCAAGAAGGCGAGGGACAACAUUCGGAGGGUCAAGGGCGUGUUGCUCAGCACGAGGAAUUUCCCAGCCUCGGCGAGGUGAUGCCGAGGCGCGGUGUUUUGUCUAUUUGGCCGGGCUUGGAUAUCGUGGGAAACUCCGGGAACGGCUGCAUGAUAAUCAGGGGGACUGUGUACCAUACAAUGAAUGAAUAUGACGGAAAUCGACGACUUCGUUUUGUUCGGCAAUGCGGUUUUUGCGCAAUCCCAAAGCACCAAUGCGCUCGAUGCUUUUAUGAGGUCACCUCUUACAUCGACGGGACUUCUAAGCACGAAGCAAGAGACCUAUCUGCACGUAGAACCGAGAACUGUCGGCAGCCGCUUUCCCCU